AUGUAUUUUGGUGAUUUAAGUGUAUUAUUCCUUAAUCUUCAGAAAAAAUAUGGUGGAAUUUUUGAAUUAUAUAAUGGUACAGCGCGUGUAAUCUGGGUAGGGGACGCUCAACUUAUCAAGACAAUACAUAUUCCUUCAACAAAAACAAACUUUCCUUUUCGUUCCAGGCAUUCAUGGAUCGACGAAGUUGCAAUCAAUACUAUUGGAAAAGGAAUUUUUUUUAAUCAUAAUUUAGAUUCUUGGAAAUAUAAUAGAAGAAUUUUAACUCAAACUGUUAUGCUACCUUCAUUCUUACGACAAUUCUUAAAAACUACUGAACAUUGGAUUGUCAAAAUUCAAUCGGAAUUAUCUUCUCGUACAACUACUAAUAGACCUGCAAACACUCUGCUUUCUUAUUAUAAUAAACUUUCAUCAAAUGUUUCAAAAGUCUCAAAAAUUCAAUCAACCGAGGAAUUAAUGGGCCGACUUCGAACAUGGCUAGUUACUGCGCAAUUCGUUUAUUUCUUACCAAGAUAUUUAAGAUUUUGCCCUCCAUUUUAUUAUUUUCAAUGGAAACAUCAAAACAAUAUUCAAUGGUUAGAUGAUUAUUUAACCAAUCUUAUAAUUAAUAGAAAAAAAGAAAUUGAAAAUACUCCUAAAGAUAAACCUUUAGGUCUUGAUAUUCUAACUAUACUUUGUACCGCAAAUACGGAAAGAGGUCCUCAAUUUAAUAAACCUGGUGAUGAACCUGAUGAACCUAUGGAUGAUGAUAAUCUUAAACAAAAUUUAUUUGAUGUUAUUAUUGGUAGCAUUGAUUCGGAUCCCGCUAUAAAAUCCAAAGUUUGCGAAGAAGUCGAUCAAAUUUUUGGCAAUGAUAGAUCCCAUCCUAUGACUUACAAUGAUUUAGAAAAUUUGAAAUACAUUGAGGCUUGCAUUAGUGAAUCCUUACGUCUAUUACCAACAGUUCCAGCUCUAUUUAAACAAGCUACUAGUGCUGAUAAUCUCGGUGAUUUUAAAUAUAAAGGUGGUCAAGAAUUUUUCAUCAAUUACCAUUAUGUUCAUCAUGAUGAAACUUAUUGGCCUGAUCCAACUUCAUUUAAACCUGAACGGUUCCUUGAUAAAAAUUUCGAUAAAAAUACUUAUUUACCAUUUGGUGGUGGAAUUAGAAUAUGUCCUGGUCGUCAAAUGGGUUUAAAUACUGCUAAAACUUUAAUUGCUUUGCUUUUUAGAAAUUAUACUAUUGAUUUGGUUGAUCCUAAUGCUCCAUUAAAAAAAAUUUACGUUUGGGCAAAUGAAUGUGAAGAAUUAAAA